CCAUUCUUUCUUCAGAUAACUAGUUUUGACUAUCAGUUACAUUGAAUGAUAAGAAAUAUUAAAUAGUGUGACAGCCUUAUAUGUUCUCUAAGGUUGUGUCCAACCUGCAUUAUGUUUUUGGGUUUAACUCUCCUAGUGCUUCUGACAGUCCAAGGAACGAUUGGUACGGAUUGUCCAGACGGAUUUGAAAGUCACCACGGCACGUGUUAUUUUUUCAGUCACGGUGAAGAAACUUGGAUAGGGGCCUACGAAGCUUGCAAGUUAUUUGAAGCUAUGCUCGUUGAAGUUAAUUCAGCCGACGAAGAUUCAUACCUUUCCAAUAAAGCCAGGAGUCUAGGAGAAUAUUUUUGGAUGAGUCUUGCGGAUAAGCAAGUAGAAGGAGAAUAUGUAUGGGAAACCAGCAAACAGUCUCUAACAGAUACCGGAUACACCAACUGGGGUCAGAAUGAACCUGAUGCUGUAGGCACAGAAAACUGUGUGUUCUACGCUGGUUCCAGAAAUUAUCAGUGGGCAGAUGCUGAAUGUACAAGGACGGAAAACUACAUUUGUGAAAAGAAAGCCGGUGGCAGUGUCGAGGUCAUUGGAUGAAAAAAAUAUCUACGGUUUUUUGUUGUUUAUUUGCAGUAUUAAAAGUUCCAUUGAAACAA